CGGUAGCGCAGAGCUUUUCCUGUUUUCUCUUUCAAUUCUCCACUAUACAUCCCACUGAUUGCUCAGGAUGAGUUCCCUGUUCGGCAACCUGUUCAACGGCAAGAGCGGCUCUGAGUCGGGAGGAGCCGGGUUGUUCUCCAGCGCGAAUAAGUUCAAGAGCGAUGAGCCGGCCGCGCCCGUAGCUGUUGUGGAUGCCGUUCCAGCAAAAGGCAAAGCCGCCAGCAAGAAGGGCGGCAAGGAGGACAAGGCGCCCGCGAAGGGCGGCCAUGCCGCCGCCGGAACUUCUGCCGCUGCCGCUGCGCCCAAGGCGCAGGCCAGUAAGCCCGCCAAGGGCGCUGAUAAGCCAAAGGCGGCAGCUGCAGCGGCUCCCGCCAGCAAGGGGGCCGCUGGGAAGGCCGCAGCGGGCCCUGCGGCCGGCACGGGCAAGCAGCAGCCGAAGAAGCGCCCGGCGCCGCCUGCCGGCUCGGACGAUGACGACGGCGACCUCUCAGACGAUGACGAGCUGCCUCAGCAACAGCUGAAGAAGCAGAAAGGACAGCAGGGCCAGGCGCAGCUGAAGCAGCAGCAGCAGAAGGCAGCGGCGGCGGCGCAGGCCGCCAAGGCCGCCAAGGCCGCUGCUGUGGCCGGCCGGGCUGUGCAGGCCUCCCUGGACGCCGCGGCUAAGGGCAAGGCCGGCGGAAAGCGCAAGGCGGACGAGGAGGAUGAGGACGAGGAUCUGGACGAGGAUGACGACGACCUGGAUGAGGCUGAGGAGGACCUGGAUGACAUCCUGGGCGAGGAUGAGGAUGAGGACAUGCUGGACGUGGGCGAUGAGGAGGAGGGCGAGGAGGAUGAGGACGAGGACGAGGAUGAGGACGGCGAGGCCGAGGUGGGCGAUGGAGAUGAGGAGAUGUCAGGCGGCGAGGAGGAGGACGGCGACGGGGAGGAGGAGGGCGAAGACGAGGAGGACGAAGGUGAGGGCGAGGAGGGCGGCAAGGCGAAGGCGGCCAAGAAGGCUGCGGAGCCUGAGGCCAAGAAGCCGCGCCGCAGCAAGGAGGAGGAGGCUGCGCGGCUGCGGCGCACGGUGUUCGUGGGCAACCUACCGCCCUCGUACGGCAGCGCCAAGGGGCCCAAGCUGGUCAAGCGCCUGUUUGCAAGCUUUGGCACCAUCGAGUCGGUGCGCAUGCGGGCGGUGCCAGUCAAGGUGGACGCUGCCAUGCCCCGCCGCAGCGCCAUCCUGUCGGGCGCGGUGGACACGGAGCGCGGCCUGCCCUGCACCGCCUACGUGGUGUUCAAGGAGGAGGUGUCGGCGCGUGCCGCCCUGACCGCCAACAUGCAGGUGGUGGACGGCAACCACAUCCGGGUGGACGCGGCGGCGCCGCCCAGUGCCAAGUCCAAGGAGGCGGCGGCGGCGGCGCGCGGCAAGAAGGGCCUGGCGGCGGCGGACAGUGACGACGAGGCGGCGGGCGGCGCCAACGUGUACGACCCCACCCGCUCCGUGUUCGUGGGCAACCUGGGCUUUCAGACCAGUGACGAGGACCUCAUCGGCUUCGUGCUGGGCAAGGCGGCCGACCAUCCCGAGCUGGCGGACAGUGUGGAGGCAGUGCGGGUGGUGCGGGACCGAGCCACCAACGUCGGCAAGGGCUUCGCCUUCGUGCUGUUCAAGACCAAGGCCGCCGCUCGCGCCGCGCUCGCGCUGAACGGCCAGCGCCUGGCCAAGCGCCCGCUGCGCGUCACCCGCGCCAGCCGCGCCGCCGCCAGCGCGGCCGCCGGAGGCGGCGGCGGCGCCGGGCCGGGGGCCGGCCGCGGCCGCGGCGGCCGUGGCGACGCGGGCCGGGGCGGCCGCGGUGCGGGCCGCGGCGCACGCGGCGCGCGUGCGUCCGACCCGUCGACGUGGCAGGGCAUCCAGACGAAGGGCAAGGUCCGGGCGGUGCUGGGCAAGGAGCGCAAGGGCGGUGAGGAGAAGCAGCGGAGUGAGAAGCGGCCGGCGGUGGCGGCGCGCAAGGCCGCGGAACGCGCCGCGUCGGGCGACGGCGACGGCGACGGUGAGCGGCCCCGGGAGCGUCGGGAGGAGCGCGGCGAGGACGGCGGCCGCGGGCGUGGCCGUGGCCGUGGCCGCGACAGCGCGGGCGCGAGGGCCGCGGCGGCGGCGCCGGACUUCCGGAGGGGCAGGGACGACGGCGACAGGCCGGAGGGCGGCCGCGGUGGGUUCCGUGGCGGCCGCGGAGGACGCGGCGGUGAGGGCCGGGGCGGCUUUGGCGGCCGCGGCCGCGGGCGCGGGGAUGGGGGCCGCGGUGGCUUCGGAGGCCGGGGCCGGGACCGCGGCGACGGCGAGGGCCGGGGCGGCUUCGGUGGCCGGGGCGGAGGACGUGGCCGCGGCGGCUUUGGCGGGCGCGGGAGAGGGCGCGACAGCGAUGGUGAUGGUGGCGGCCGUGGCGGGUUCGGCGGCCGCGGCGGUGGUGGCCGCGGCAGGAGCAGUUUCGGCUCGCGGGACGGUGGCGAUGGCGGCGGCGGCCGCGGCGGCUAUGGCGGGCGUGGCAGGGGUGGCUUUGGCUCACGCGACGGAGGCGAUGGUGGCGGCGGUGGCCGUGGUGGCUUUGGAGGACGCGGCAGGAGCAGCUUUGGCUCGCGGGACGGUGGCGAUGGUGGCGGCGGCCGUGGCGGCUUCGGUGGCCGCGGCGGUGGUGGCGGUCGUGGCGGCUUUGGCGGCCGUGGCGGCGGUGGCCGUGGGGGGUUUGAUGGGCGCGGUGGUGGCGGCGGCCGGGGCGGCUUUGGCGGGCGUGGUGGCGGGCGAGGAGACGGCGGCGGCCGCGGGCGUGGCCGCGGCGGGUUUGGUGGGCGUGGCCGCGGCAGGGGCCGGGGGUAAGCCGGGCGCGGCAUGCAGUGCACUCCCUUGGCGCAGCUGGAACAUGUUGUCGUGUUCCCGAAGGCUUGGGUGCUUGCGGUGUGUGCCGAGAGCGCUUGCAUGUUAAGGGCUGCAGACAAGUGAUGUGGUGCUCAGCCCACUCUUCCUUGAGGGUUGAAACCACUUCGGUUGUCUUCGGUUGUUCGGUUGCCGCUGCCAAAUUGUAGCUCAUAACUACCCACAUUUUACCGACAUAGCAAUAGAGUAAGUAGAGUGAGGCUGUAGGCGGUCUUCAUGCGGUCUGGCAGUAGAAGACUAGAAGUAGCGUGAAUAUCAAUCGUCGUGGGGCCGGCUACAGCCUUCUACGAUGUAAAUUGACCGCAGCACAUGCACCAUUUACCAUCAGCGUGGCGGGUCGCAAAGGGUCAGGGCACAAAGCGGUUAAGCUGUCCUUCAAAUAAGCACCCUUUCUGAAACGGGGCUCUUGUAAGGACCUUGUAGG